AUGUCUGCUCAAGGUUAUUACAAUCAGCAGCCCCAGUACCCGCCCCAGGCUCAUGGGGUUACGGAUACCCUCCUCAGCAAGGGUACCCUCCUCAGCAGCCGGGUUACAAUUAUGGGCCGCCUCCCCAACAGCCCCCGCAGCAGAUGGCCUAUGCGCCCGUUCAGCAUCAGCAAAAGUCGAGUAGUGGUGGCCAGGGAUGUCUCGGUGCUUGCCUGGCUACCCUGUGCUGCUGCUUCGUUUGCGAGGAGGGAUGCGAGUGCUGUGCCGACUGCAUCGAGUGUUGCGAGAUGUGCUAAACUUGACGAUUCAUGA